AUGGGAAUCGAUUUGUCCGAAGUAACCGCUGUCCCGAAGCCAUUAACAGGAUUCUCAUGGGAAACAACAAUGACGAUCGGGUCGAUCAGGCUUCCCGUGCAAGCAGGAGGAGUAACAAAGGUCAUGGAGUUUUCCAUAGCUGACCAUCCAGCGAUUUACAAUGUAAUCAUGGGAACGCCGUGGUUGAACUCAAUGCAAGCCGUUCCAUCAACCUAUCAUUUAUGCGUCAAGUUCCCAACUCCUGGCGCAAUCAAGACGAUAUGGGGAAACCAAAAAGAGUCGCGCAUGUGCUUCCUGGCCGAGCAUCAGAUGAGAAAGCCCGAAAUCGGCAAGGCGCGUGAGGAGAAGAGCGUGCCGAGCUGUGAUCCGGUGAUCUCGAUAUGCAUAGACGAAUUACAUCCGGAGCGGUGCGUAGAAAUCGGAGCAACACUCGACGAGGCGAUUAAAGCGGAGCUCGUCGCUUUCUUAAAACAGAAUGUUGGAACAUUUGCAUGGGGCGCGGAAGACAUGCCGGGAAUUAGCAUCGAUGUGGCGUGCCAUGAGCUCAACGUGGACCCAAAGUUCAAACCGGUGAAGCAGAAGAUGAGAAAGCUAGGCCCUGACCGAGCCAAAGCAGUGACGACGAAGUAUAGCGACUCCUAA